CGUUGUGUUCCACUGGGCCCCCCAGGGGAGAAUGGCCGGCAGAGGCGCCGUGUGCGGCCCGCAGGCGCCGGCCGUAGCGCAGCAGCCCACCGGCGGUCACCUGUACCCGUUCGUGGUCGCGGAGAGCGAGGGGCCGGAGGAGGAUGCCGGCGAGGUGUCGGAGCUGCGGCCGCGGGGCAGGGAGAAGGUGCGGAGGAGCGCGUCGAGGGACAAGCUGGAUGAUGUAGUCCUGCUCACCAAGGACAUCCAGGAAGGGGACACGCUCAACGCCAUCGCGCUUCAGUUCUGCUGCUCGGUUGCAGAUAUCAAGAGAGUUAACAAUCUUAUCAAUGACCAAGAUUUUUUUGCCCUGAGAUCUGUCAAAAUUCCAGUAAAAAAGUUCAGUGUCUUGACUGAAACACAUGUCUCUCCAAAAGGAAGACUGAUUCUUCGGCCUGCUUACUGCUCCGUAGAAGCACAGGAAAUGGCACCUCCUGAUAAAUGCCCUGCUAAUGAGACCGCUGGCAACUUCUUAAAAGAAGUGGAUCGAGAUAUAGAGGAAAUAGUGAAGUGUAACAAUACGAAGAGAGAGAAUCUUGAUGAAGUUGUUUCUGCAUUAGCAGCCCAGCAGAUCUCCUUCGAAACUGAUGGUAAAGCUAAAAAAUGCAAGGAUCCUUACUAUGGAGCAGAUUGGGGUAUAGGAUGGUGGACAGCUGUAGUGAUUAUGUUAAUCAUUGGCAUAGUAACUCCAGUGUUUUACCUCCUGUAUUACGAAGUUCUAGUGAAAGCAGACAUUAGUCACCAUUCUACAAUGGAAUCUUCCCAUCUGUUUGUCACAGCAGCAUCACACCAGAAGCAAAUAGAAAAUGGAGUAAAUCAGGUGAAUAUUAUAAAUGUUGAUAAUCAAGGAGACCUUCAGCCUUAACGGUAGAAAACACGAAGCAACUGUUACUCAGAGACACAUAACGUAGCCUUAGAUAAAGGGGAAAGCACAGAAUGCAAAGUGCAUCUGGACCAGAGAGAAGACGUAUGCUGAUGUAUGACCUGCUUGCAUGGGCAGUGUUCCAGCACAAGGAUAUUUCUUUGGGUCAUGUAAUCUCUGAAUAUGCCCAAGACAGGCAAUUUUAAUGCCAGAUUGGGGUACAAAUUAAGGUAUAAAAUUGUCUCUGAAGCGUUGCACUUUUUUUUUUUUUCUAUUUUGGUAGGCAUGUUUUUUAAUUAUUGAGGUGAAAAAAUGUAGGUUGAACUAGCACAUGAGGAGUCUCACUGUUAUGUUUUUCAGCCCUAAAAUGGGCAUUUGGGGAUAUCUAACAUUUAAACAUCUUUAAUUGUAGACUGCAUAGGACACUUGACAUUUUAAUAUCAGGUUUACAGUCGUCAGUUAAAAUUGCAUUCUCUUUGUCCUGUUUUACAGAGUAAGAUUAUUUUUAUUAUUUUUUUUUAACCCUCAAUCAUUCCAUAAUUAAUUGCCAUGGUGAAGUUUCAUCUUACAAGGUGACUUCUAUAAAGGCAGUAGCCAAUGCUUAAGCUGAAGUCUUCAAAUCUGGUGCCUGUCAUCAACCCAUUCUUGAGAACCUUUCAGUGCAGGCAGUAGUUUGUUUUCUGUGUGUGUGUGACACUGUGCCUCAGUGCAGUCCAGUUGACAGAGUUGCUGAACCUUUACAUCCUUCUGUGUAUCCUUCUGAAAACAGACUGGACAGGACUGCACUUGUCAUUUGGUCAGCUGCAUACAGGACAAAGUGUGGAUGUGUGGCACCCUGCUGUGACCGCUUCUGUAGUCUUUAUUUUCUUCUGCUAAUGGGUUGCCUUUUCCCCCCUCCCCCUCCACCUAAUCCCAGUUCAGGACCAACUGAUUCUUUAGACAGCAGUCAGGUGGGUACCGAGUAUGCUAAUAGUCAUAUGCCCAUGAACCUCAAACAUUAAGAAAACUGCAAACAAGUUUUAGUGCCUGCUAGCAAGAAACUUAAUUGCAGCAGAGUAGACCAGUUGUAGUUGCAGACUUGUUCUUUAUGUAGUAGUGUAUCCAUGAACAACUCUGUUCUCAAGUGUUUCACUUGGGCUUUCAUGAGCAACCUUGGUUUUCUUCUUUUUUCUUCCCUAUCUGAAAAUGCUACAAGAGUUAAGAAACCAAAACAAACCUGAAAGAAGGAGGUACUUGUGUACUCAGAAUAUUUUUAAAUAAAAAGUGUGAUGCUGCCUGUAAUAUUUUUGUUAUAUUUGUCUUGUGGAGUAACAUUUCCAUUGCCCUGUUCAAAGUACCAUUUGUUACUAAAGCUCAAGAUAACUGAUGAGUAGGACUUUGAGAAAGAGAAAAAUAAUCACUGUCCUUUAAACUACUAUUGUAAACUUUUCUUUUAGUGUCUUGAUUAAGUAUAUACAAUAUAAAAAAAUCAGAUAAAGUGAACGUUUACAAAUUAUUGGAGGUAUUCCAAAGUGCUUUAUCAGCUUAAAUUUUGAAGGUAAACACACAUGCCGAUUCUGCUCCUGGGGCCUCUGUUGCCCGGUAAGUAGGGCAUGUAUUCUUCCACCAAGUGUGUGAAUGCAAACAGCAUAACUUGUCCUGAGUUAUAUUGAAACUGAAGCAGGACAAAGCUUGAAAGAAAGUGCAGCACAGUUGGGUAUGUGAACUAUGAUCUGUGGCUUUUGAACCUGCUGAUAAAAGUGGUAUCUCUGGAGAUACUGACACUACUCAUAGUUUCCACACUAGAUGAGGGAUUGCAGACAGGCAUGAACUUCAUGUUUCAUGCAAUGCUUGUUUUCCAAGGUCUUUUAAAGUAAGAGUUCUUUCCAUGAAAAUAAUGUGCUGAUUAACAGGAGCAUGAAGUACCAGUUCUGGGUAACACAGCAUGAAGUUGCAGUGUGAAGUAACGUGUGAUGGUUAAAGUGAUAGAUAGACUUCUCUGACUGGAAGUAUAAAAGGCAGCUUGCUCCACUGCAGACCACAAGACUCUGGCACAUCACAACAGACAGUUUUCUGUGUAGGACUGAAAUUUGGUACAUUAUGUGUCAGGUUUUUUGCUACAAGCUUGGUUGCUUCUCUCCCUUUAUGUUCUGUUUGUGGAACCUCAACAUUUUUAAUACUUUAUCCUUCCAUUUCUUACAAAAUUGUCAAAAACCAGGAAUCAGCUAUUGUGAUGAUGCAACAUAAGCCUCAUUUACUGCACAUUCCUGGACUGAUGGGUAUUAAAUUGCCAUCAGUAUAGAAGUGAACUUUGCUUCAGUUGUGAUUUGGCUUAGUCAAGGUGGUCUUUAUCCUGUUGAUGCACAAGUAGAAAGACUGGCUGUUAGCUGCUGUUUUUCAUCCCAUGAUGGUACAGCUAAUUCUCUGCUGUUAUCUCAGCUUUGGGCUUUUUUUUAGGGUUGGCAGGCCUGUGGCUUGCUGUAACUGAGUUAUGUGUGAUGGACCUCUGCCUACCUUGGGAUAAGCAGCCGUUGAACAAAUACAAAAAGAUAGCUGUUUUAUUGGAUUAUUUUAUACUCUAACCAAGAGCUUUGCAUGUUUUUACUAUUAGGUAGAAUAUUUUUAAUUUAGCAAGUUAACUUUAUCAGAGGAGACAGUUUAGGUCUCUUUCCAGGACUGCAGGGCUACCUGUACUGGUAAUCUACAAGCAACAGCUGGCUUGGCUUUUUUGCAGGAUGCAGGGAUCUUUACUGCUUUUUCUGAAGUACAGUACAAUUGGCAAUGCAUCAUCACAUGUCAGCCCUGAAUAAACAGGGUAACUGCUCUUUGUGGAACUUAAGUAUGAUUUAAGUUAAAAUCUUUUAAGUUAGUCUUUUAGAAGCUGACUUGUUUCAAAACCCCCUGACAAAACAACUGAGCAGUAAAUCGUGCUUUAGAUUAAUUACAACACAUUGUUGAUCAGGAAGGUGGUUUAAAUUUAAGUGCAUAUUGCACUGUUGGAUUAUGUAAAGUGUAAAUACUUAAAUCUGCUAUAUUUUGGAGUAUGUUGUCACAAAUAGUUUUUGUAUGACUUUUAUGAAGGCUGAAAAUAUAAGUUUGUAAAGUAAUCCUGAAUGAGGACACAAGUCUUAUUUUAAAUACUUCUGCUCCUCUACGUUAAAAGAACAUAAUAUACAUAAAAUAAAGAUUUUAUUUCAGACUGCA